CGCGCCAGCUUCAUUCCCAUAUAUUUUAAUCGCUUUCUUGCCUAUUCUCUCUGAAUCUGAACUAGCAAUGGGUCAAGCUCAAAGCGACGUCGCUUCAGAAACGGCGACUACUCAGGUUCAAGGCCGCGAUCAAACGGUGUCGUCUGCUCCAAAACCGACCUCAUCAUCAUCAUCUUCUCCGUCUAUGGAGUCUCUUCUUGCAGAAGCUGCUGCAUACGGUGAAGAAGGUGAUGAGGAGUCUCUUGAUGCGAAAGCUCAGAAAGCAUUGGAAUGUCCUUGCAUAGCUGAUUUGCGAACCGGUUCAUGUGGGGAUCAAUUUUCUGAGGCCUUCCUUUGUUUUCUAAAGAGUACUGCUGAAGAAAAGGGUUCAGAUUGUGUGCAUCCAUUUGUGGCACUGCAAAACUGUAUCAAAUCUCAUCCAGAUGCCUUUUCUAAAGGCAUUUUAGAGGAAGAUGAAGAUGAAGUCAAGAAAGUGGAAGAACCAGUCCAAGACUACAAAAUUUACCCACCCAAAUGGGCCAAAGAACCUCAAAGUCCCAAGUCAAAGCUUUAGGGUAAAGUUCUAUUUUGUUUUUCUUCCUCAUCAUCUCCUCUGCACUCUAAUCUUUUUGUCUUCGGUUUGUUUUUAACAUAUGAAGCAUAAAGGAUCGGAUUAUUUUGACAAAUAAACAUUGAGAGUGUUGCUUAACCAAAGUCCAUAAAUGUUAGGAGGUUGAAAUCAUUGGCAUUGUAAUCAACACUUUAUAGAAAGUUGUAACAUUGAGGUGAAAGAUGGCCUUAUACUUGAUGUGAUAUUGGGAAUAAAUUUUAUAAUCUUGGAUGGUAUUGGCAAA